AUGAAGAUGAUGAUCUCGUCGUGCUCGGGGCGACCUCCUCUGGUCCUGAUCGCCCUGUUGCUGGUGGCGCUGGCGGCGUUGCGGGUGGGGGCGGGGCUUGUGGAUCAGGAGCAGCAGGUAGAUCCGACAUGGAUCUGGCGCGAGGCUGGUUCUGGUCCGGCAGCUACACCCGUGAAUGUGUUUACGUACUUUCGUACCACCUUUGCCACUCCUGCCGCAGGUGCUGACUUGACGCUGAUGAUCCGCUCACCUCUCAACUGUGUUGCAUUACCCGAAGAGGGCCUCGAGCUCUGGGUGGCGGCAGAUAGUCAAGCCGCUGUUUUGAUCAACGGUGCCGUCGUCGCUCGCAAAGUGACUCGCUACCAGGAAACCAGCAUUACUUGGGACCGGUAUCCAGUUCCCUCGGCAGCGCUCAACGCGACCCCCGGUGCCACGAACGCCCUUGUUGUGCGCCAUCAUAACUGGGGAGACAUCACCUGCUUCCAGCGCACCGGCCAGGUGCAAGCCGGUCUCAUUGUUAACUCUAAUUUUGGCGUGGUCUCAGACACGACCCACUGGCGCUGGCUGGCGACUUGCUCGGAACGCCAGAACCGCCUUCUAAUCUGCUUCCGGCCCAAUCACCAGGCGCCCGAGUUUCUUGUGCAUGAUACCCAAGUUGUGGGUAUCGCCGGAGGCGCCCAUCGCAUCCGCUUUCCGCAGGUGACCAACAUGAGUGCUGCUGAUCCCGCCAUCUUCAUGCCCGCCUACGACGAUGCAGCCUGGGCCAGUCCAAUGGCUAUAACCUCCAGCGCACCGUGGCCUGCCUUGUCCCAGCUCAAUGUAUCUGAGACCACGGCGGCCGGACAGUUGCAGUCUGGUGUUGUGACUGCACCACAGUCCCUGCUGGCAGCGGGCCGGCUCAACUUUGUGCCCGUGAAUGCCUCCGCCGCUUCCAUUCAGUCCGAUAUGAUGACGCGUGACUACCAGAAGAAUAACACGCAGACUGCCACACUGAGCAGUGCUUUGGCUGCGGGACAGCCCUUUGUGAUCGAAUCGACCACCGGUGGCGAGGAUUUUUACCUGACCUUUGACUUUGCAUGGCCCAUGCACGGCUAUCCGCAAAUUAUGUUUGCAGACGGGACGACCGCAGGCGUCGUGAUUGACCUGGGGUACUGCGAAAAGGCACUCGAUCUCUACUCGGGAUCGGCCUACGUCAAUGCUUCGGGGGCCAUCAACCCACAAGGCACUGUGGGGUAUUACUAUGCCGACCGCGUUGUCACAGCGGCCUCAGGAGAGCAACUGUACGAAGUCCCCGACGAACGUACCCUGCGCUGGUUGACACUUCAUGUCCGCUUCCCGCCUCAACAACCGGGCAAAGUGGUCAUGCACAGCGUGCGAGUGCAAUCCUGGAUCUUUCUGGGCGGGCUAACAACCGCCUAUUUCACAUCCAGCAACCCGGUUCUCAACGCUGUCGUCAACCUGAGCAUGGCCUUUAUCCAGAUGGGCAUGUCUGAUACGUUUGUCGACACACCCGGCCGUGAGGAUGGCCAAUGGAUUGAGGAUGCUCGACCGCGGGGUCUGAUUGCCGCCACUUGGUUCAACGACUCAUCGUUGCGCCAGGUACUCAUUCGACACCAGGCCGAAGCCCAGCGUCCUGACGGAAGCAUGCACCCGUUCCCACCGUCCAACUUUCCAGCAUCCGCCUCGGCGGACUGCUGCAUGAAUGAUAUUCGCGUCACGCCUGGCUGUCCAAGCAAGGCGGCCGCCUGUGCCAGCGGGAUCGUCACGCCAUGGAUCAUUGAGCGUCUCCGCUUCAGUGCCGUUAUGGCGAGCGCCGUGCAACAAACAACAGUUGCCGCCCAGUGGACCGCAGCAGCGGAUCGCAUGCAGACUGCAUUUUUGCAGCACUUUGUCACCCAUGACAACGCCACUGGCCAAGCAUGGAUUGGCGCCAUGGCAUGGCUGGACGGGAUCACCCAGCAGUGGACGCCCUUUGGUCGCCUUCAAGCAGCUCAUACGGUCGCCAUCUUUACCGAUCUCUUACCACCCAGUACACAGGCAGCCAUGAUGGCCUAUGUUUUUCCCAGUCCGGAUGGAACGCCGCCCGCGGAGGUGCAGCGCUGGAACAACCCGACGUUUCUGCGGCGCAGCCUAAAAGCCCUUAGCCACGUCAACAGGACGGCCACCGCUCUCCAGCAUCUCAUUGAGCGUUUUUCGCAGUACCUGCCCGGAAAUGACGCCAACCCCGUGCCUUCAGAUUUGCAAGGCCCGCAUGGCGGCCCACUUCCGGAGUACUGGCUAAGCCGUGUGGACAGCCACACGGCACCGGGAGCCACGGAUGGUGCACAACCUGUGGACGGAACUGGGUCGCAUGGCUGGACGGGCGUUGCGUUGGAGUGGAUCCAUGCUUAUGUUCUUGGUGUGCGCGAACGCUGGUUCAAGGACGUUGUGGUCAAUCCCGAGGAUGGCGGCGAGCUGUCCUCCUUUGCGGGGCGAACGUUUACCUCGUGGGGUGCAGUCGAGCUGACCUGGGCCGUCAACAACACGAUAGGCGCGCUGACGGUCGAACUGCCCGCCGGUCCCAAUGUAACCGUAAGCUUACCCUCAAGUUGCCCAACGCGCAACGUGCGAGUGGUGCAGCAGCCCGCGCAGGGCACGGUGUUUGAGCCAUUCGUGAACGGCUCGGGGGCUGUACUGACGGGUGCCGGGACUUGGAUGUUUGUCUGCAGCUAG